AAAUAUGUACCACCACUGUUUUAGUUUGGCAUACGUUCACAGAUACGGCGGACUUUAAACAUGGCGGAUUAUAAAUUUACCGUGGUAGUCCUACUGACAAUAAUUGGUUUGGUCCAUGGCAAACACAAUAGCCACAGUAGUGAUGAUGACGAUGACGGACGGAAAGGGCUUUCUGUUGGUAAGACGGCUGCCAUUGCUAUUGGUGGAGGCGUAUGUAUGGCUCUCCUCAUAAUUGCUAUCGUUGCAAUUGUAAAGAAAUGCAAGGCCAAGCCGGCGGUGAACCCCGAGGAGGACAAACGCAACAGUACAGUGGUUAUACCAAUGGGCCACACAGUCAACCCGCUAUAUGAUGAUUUAUCACCAAAGUACAACUUGCACCCGCAGGGGCCGGUCAACGAAGUUUAUCUCCCACCGUACCCGGAAGAGGAAAAGAAAAUUCCCCCGGUGUAAAUUAACAACGAAUUAACAACGAACUGUUCCUUUGAUUAAGUGAAUUAAAAACUGAAAAUACCCAGAAUAUUACAAAAGAAAUUGCAAUACGGUAUUCCAUAACUUAUGAAAAUUCAUCAGAAUAAAAAAAAUUUUUUCACUAGAAGCUACCUUAACAAAUAGAUACCAUCACUUAACUUCGUUAACACCCUCGACAGCAUUUAUAAUUUAAAUUAUUUUCUGUUUGUUAUUUUCCAACCCUUUUUUAAGAUUUUUUUUUUAAUUUUGUUCUAGAAAUUGUGACAUCGGGUUUAUUACCAUAGUAGGAUAUACCUUGUACAUAGUAAAGCUUGGGUUUUAAUCGUUUUUUCUUUCCUUUAAAUUCCGUUAAUUGAACUCAUUUUAACGCAUACUUUCACAUAUAAUCUUGAAGCGGGCUUCUUUGAUUUUAGUUGAUACAUUGUAUUCAAGUGUAUAAUAUGUUUUUGUCUUGACAAAAUGCAAGAAAAACGUACUAAAAAACGAUAGACAGUCACGAGACAUUGAAGACGAUGCUUUUAAAACAUUCAAUGGUGUAAAUGUAGUUUUUUAAAUAAUUUUAAAUAAUAAAAAUAAUUAGAUUCCAGUUUAGAGACGCUUAAAACUUUAAUUUGCUUCUAUUUAGAGUACGAGACCACCAGGAAAUCUUUAAGUGUUUUGUAAAAAAAGAGAUAAAUCUGCUACGAUUUAAGUCUUAUCAUUAAUUUAUAUAUAUAUAUAUAUA